CACAUUUUUUUUCCUUCUUUUCUUCACCCCUGAUGUGUUUGCGUGCCGACCCAGCUGUACCACUAGAAUGGCCCUCAGUUUGUCUAGCCGCGCCCUGGAGGCUGCGGGAUACUGGGGGUCAGGGAAGGGCGGCUGUGGUGGCGGUAGUGGCGGCGGCGGCGGUGGAGGUGGUAAUGGUGACGGCCGGGUAGGUGUGGCAGACGCUGCUCAACGUUCAGAGGCAGCGGACGUGUUGCUGUGCAGUGCCGCGCCUAUAGUGACCACGCCGGAGACAUCUGUGUUGACGGGAGCGGCCAGACAAAUAUCACGAAAUAUCUGCAAAUAUACGAAACAUCUCUCCAGAACGCUACUGAAAGAGGUAUAGGAGCUCUGUGUCGAGUGGUUUUGAGUGGCUCUGCGCACACCAUUCGAGGCCAGUCCUUUCCCUGCCAUUGAAGAUUCAGUAGGAGCAGGAAUGAGCCCACCGAGGCGCACAGGAACACGCUGGAGUAGCACGUGAAGACUGGUCAUGAUGGGCGGGGCGCGGGCAGUGUUGUGGGCUGUCCUGCUCACUUCUCUGUUUACAGCUGCGUGUGGCCGCGUCUUCUGCUACAAUGGAGGGCGAUGUGUGUACAACAGAUGCAUCUGUCCCAGGGGCUUCUACGGAUCCCGCUGCCAGUAUGACCGCGAUGAGUGUCAGGUGAACAACGGCGGGUGCGAACACUCCUGCAAGAACACCGUGGGCUCCUUCAUGUGUUGCUGCAGUCCGGGAUACAGACUGAGGCGUGACGGCCGCACGUGCCAAGAUAUAAAUGAGUGCGAGUUUCACAACGGCGGAUGCUCUCACGAAUGUUCCAACACUGUGGGGUCCUACCGCUGUCUCUGUGGUCCCGGGAGCCGCCUAAUGCCCGACGGACGCACUUGUGUUGCUUCGCCCUCUUGUGCCACGAGACGCAGGCCUAACAUGGCGUGUCGUCUUGCAGGUGAGGCUUCAUGUGGCGUGAGGAAUGGCGGCUGUGACCACUACUGCGACGACACCGCGGGCAUGCCAAGGUGCUCCUGUCGGCCCGGAUACAUACUUGGGCAAGACGGGCGACGAUGCGAGGUGGAGGACCCUUGUGUAGUGGACAACGGCGGCUGUCAACACAUUUGCCUACAAGAGCAGGGCCGUGCACGCUGCACAUGUCAAAGAGGAUUUAAUUUGGCUAACGACCGUGUUUCGUGUGUUGACCUUGAUGAGUGUAAUAUACCCGGUACCUGCAGUCAGCAAUGUCGGAAUACCUGGGGGUCCUACGAGUGCAUCUGCAACACUGGUUACCAGCUCGGCACCGACAAGAAGUCCUGUUACAUGAUCGACAUGGAGGUCAUUAACUCUUGUCUUGAAAACAACGGGGGUUGCCAGCACAUGUGUGCGCACGGACCGGAAGGAGCCACUUGCACAUGUCACCCAGGCUACCAGCUACAGCCUGACGGGCAGUCCUGUCAGGAUGCGGACGAGUGUGAGACUGGAAGUCAUCGGUGCCAGCAAGAGUGUGUGAAUACCGAAGGAGGUUACGCCUGUGCCUGCACACAAGGCUUCACGCUCAGCUCUGACACUUUCACUUGCCUGGAUGUGAAUGAAUGCUCUAUGGAGAACGGUGGAUGCGAACACGAAUGCCAGAAUACGCAAGGCUCCUUCACGUGUUCUUGUCGCAGAGGUUACGUUCUGGUUGAUGAAGUCCACUGUGAUAUCGUGGGCGGCAAUUACGACGUGGACUACUCUGGCUACAGCAUCCGCGGUGACCAGGACAUGGGUACGACAGCCAUAGAGGACUACUCAACAGUGCUUGACGGUGCGACGACGAGAAACCGUGACGCGUGGAAUGACGUGACUUACGCAGAGUACAGCAAGAUCAUCACCCUCCAGACGCGUUGUGUCCCUGGACAUUUUGGCCCUAACUGUUCCCUUACGUGUAACGACUGUCCCGGGGAGUGCGACGGUUCGGGGUGUGUGUGUCCCCCGGGCAAGACUGGACCCAUCUGCGAACUUGAGUGUCCCUCGGGUUUCUACGGACCCAGCUGUAACGAGGUGUGUCGCUGUGAGAAUGGCGGCACAUGUGAUCCCGUGACUGGCAACUGUACGUGCCCACCAAGCGUGUCUGGGGAAUUUUGUGAAGAUGGUUGUCCUGCAGGAUACUAUGGCACAUCGUGUGACCGGCGCUGUCCCAUGAUGUGUCCCAACAUGCGCUGCAAUAGAGUCUUCGGGUUCUGCGAAUGUGAUCCGGGACGCUUUGGACCCAAGUGUAAUAUGCCAUGCCCUUCCCUCACCUGGGGACCAAAUUGCCGCCACCAGUGCCAGUGCGAGGCCCGCUCCACGUUCCGCUGUCAUCCAGAGAGUGGAGUGUGUGAGUGUAAAGCAGGAUAUGUUGGCAUCGACUGCUCCAAAGAGUGCCCAGAAGGAAAGUGGGGCGCCGGGUGUCUGCAUGAGUGCCAGUGUGCCAGUGGAGCCACGUGCCACCCCGCUACGGGCGUCUGUGGCCUAGACUGUCCCCCAGGAUUCAUGGGAACUGAAUGCAAUACACCAUGUCCGGCGGGCCACUAUGGACCGGGGUGCAUGAAAGCGUGUAUGUGCGGCCUGCGACCCUGCGACCCAAGCACCGGCGUCUGUCUUUGCCCGGCGGGGAAUAAGGGACCAAACUGUAAUCAAGCGUGUUCCGAGAGGGAGUGGGGCCAGAGCUGUUUGAGGAAGUGCGAAUGCCAGAAUGGUGCUACGUGCAACUCUGUGACUGGAGAGUGCCACUGUCAGCCGGGAUAUGUGGGCCCUACGUGUGAGGCAACGUGCUCCGCCGGCAGGUACGGUGUCAACUGUAGUGGAAUAUGUGGGUGCCUCAACGGUGCCUCUUGCGACCACAGGACUGGUCGGUGCCAGUGCCCUCCUGGAUUCACUGGUCUUAGCUGUGGUCAGCCCUGUCCUAUAGGACGGUUCGGUCAGGACUGUGUGCAAGUGUGUGACUGCAACGAUGGCGGUGGGUGUGACAGGGUGACCGGGGAGUGCACCUGUGCGCCGGGAUGGCGAGGCUCUCAGUGCAAACUCAAGUGUGAGGAGGGUCGUUAUGGCGCAGGCUGUGCCAUGAACUGUAGCUGUGCCAAUGGAGGCGAGUGUGAUCACAUCUCAGGCGCCUGCAUGUGUCGUCCAGGAUGGCGCGGGACAUUCUGCUCCAGGCCGUGCCCAGAUGGUUUCUGGGGCAUAGAGUGUCGGUACCAGUGUGACUGCGAUAUUGGGGCGACCUGUAAUCCCGCCACGGGAGUGUGCUCGUGUCCGCCUGGGAAACGCGGCCAUCAUUGCUCCAACACUUGCCCAGAGGACCGAUGGGGCAGCGACUGUGAACACGUCUGUUUGUGUCAUAAUGGUGGGACGUGUGAUCGCGUGUCAGGGGCGUGUGUGUGUCCCCCGGGCUACACCGGUGCCACGUGUCAAGAGAGGUGUCCUCCGGGAAGCUACGGAAGUGGAUGUCAACACACCUGUUUGUGUCAGCAUGGAGCCAGCUGUCAGCACGACACAGGAGCGUGUGUGUGUCCCCCGGGGUACACCGGCACACACUGCGAGCGAGGAUGCGGGCCGGACAGUUACGGGGCAGGUUGUGUCUUUAAGUGCGAGUGUCAGCACGGAGGUGAAUGUGAUCCUGAGAGCGGGACAUGCAAGUGUGCUCCCGGAUGGUGGGGACCACAGUGCCAGAAAUCCUGCCCUAAAGGGAAGUGGGGUGCGGGAUGCGAACGUGUAUGUGACUGUGAGCAAGAAGCGAGUUGCCAUGCAAUUACAGGCCAGUGCCAGUGUCCUCCAGGCUUCAUUGGUGACCGGUGUCAGUUCAUCUGUGCUCUGGGGCAGUACGGGAAAAGCUGCAGCAAGGAGUGCCGCUGUGGGCCAUCUCAGCCAUGUGACCACGUGAGCGGAGAGUGUUCCUGUCCUCCAGGUCGCGAGGGACAGCAGUGCCACCAGUACUGUGCUGAGGGACGUUGGGGCGACGGGUGUCGCCAACAGUGCAAGUGUGCAGGAUCGUCUCUGUGCGACCCGAUGAGUGGGGAGUGUUUCUGUCCCGCUGGACUCAAGGGCAGGAAGUGCCGCAGGGAAUGUCCGAGGGGCAGGUACGGCGUCGACUGUAAGCAGAAAUGUCAGUGUAAAAAUGGAGGGACGUGUGACAGGGUGACUGGUCAGUGCGAGUGUCGUGACAACUACUAUGGCGCCACCUGCUCUCUCACUUGUCCCUCUGCCACUUACGGACCUGGAUGCAAUCAGACGUGCGAAUGUGAGCAUGGUGGGGUAUGUGAUGCGACAGGAACAUGUAACUGCCCUGCGGGAUACAGGGGCACACUUUGCGAGACUUCCUGCCAGCCUGGCACUUGGGGUCACCGCUGCAGCUCUCAGUGCCGUUGUAAAAACGACGCUGUUUGCCAUCCAGCCACCGGGGAGUGCCAGUGUGGACUGGGAUGGACAGGACCAUUUUGCGACCAGCCGUGCGAUCCAGGCAUGUAUGGACCUGAUUGCCGCAUGGACUGUGCUUGCCACCACAACGCCUCCUGCGACCGCUUCUCCGGCUGUUGCGAGUGUGGUCCGGGCAGAUAUGGACGAUACUGCGAGUUAGAGUGUCCGGAGGGCUUCUAUGGGGCGUACUGCACUAGUGUGUGUGACUGCCGCAACGGUGCCACGUGUGACCCAAGCAAUGGCCAGUGCCGCUGUCCCUCGGGCUUUAUGGGUGACACGUGUGGAGAAAUGUGUCCACAAGGUAUGUUCGGCGCCCACUGCCGCCAAAAAUGCCACUGUGGUCUGUACCCGUGCCACCGAGAGACCGGAGUAUGCCUGUGUCCACCAGGCAGGACGGGGCCAAAUUGUGCCAUGCCAUGCAUGGAGGGCAAGUACGGUCCCGGUUGCAAACAAGUGUGUGAGUGUUACCAUGGCGGCAGCUGCCAUCCCGCCACCGGCCACUGUUCUUGUACCCCGGGUUGGCUAGGACCCACCUGCCGCGAGGAGGACGGAGAUCGAAUCUCCUACGUGACAACCAGCGACCAGCGCGGCCGAGCAGACAUCCCUGUGGAGCUGAGCUGAUUUGAUAGCGAAUAAUCCACGCGACGCCUAGCGAAGCCAAGUGACCACGAACAAUGAUUCUUGUAUUUACUGAUCUCUAAGGAGACACUGGCAGGUGUAGUGUCUCCAGGCCGUGUGUGUGUGUGUGUGUGUGUGUGUGUGUGUGUGUGUGUGUGUGUGUGUGUGUGUGUGUGUGUGUGUGUGUGUGUGUGUGUGUGUGUAAAAGGUUCAGGACAACGGUUGAUGUUGGGAAUAGUGACUUCAUUGUACGUAGACUAGUGUCGUGUUCAUUUGUAGCAGUUUUUAUUUCCUGUGUUGACAUUCGCUCGAUUUGACGCGCACAAAAUUACACAGCAGGUGUGAGUAGUGAGUGAGUGCACCGAGCGAGCCACACGUGAAAUGGUACUGUACAUAACACAAACUUUGACCAGUGCGGGGAAUCACGUGGCCGAGGACAUGACUCAACAGGCCUUCCUAGUGAUGCUCGGUGAUCUUAGUGAGUGUGAAGGUGCAAAAGGCGCUCCACUCAAUACACUGUUGAAUGCAGAUAUUAAUAGAGACGAUGUGUCCUGGCGCAGCAUCUAGUGUUGGGUAGGUCACCACUGUGUUCGGGAACCUUUGUGGCGGAGAAAGACGCUACUGUAGGGUUUGCGGGAGAACUGAGGGAUGGGCAGGCGCCUUGGAAACAAUGGAAACAGUGACCAAAAAAAAAAAAAAAAAAAAAAAAACUGCAAAAGAAAGGUAGGUACGAUUAUAGAUGAAAGAAGACUAUUGUUGUAAAGGAGGCAAGUGGUCACAACAUUGCAAUAAACUGACCAUCUGACCACUUGUUCUCUUUGCAAGUCAUUACUUUCAUCAGACACGUAAGGGUAAAGGCAAAUUGUAAUAGAGACAUCUAAGUCCAAGCAGAAAAGUACGUUUACAUUUUUUGUUGGGCAAAUGAGUCAAGAGAAAAUGGCAGCUAUGAGAUUGAAAUGUAGGAGUAACUGCUUUAAACUUUUCCAGCUUGUUACAGAUUGGCCUGUACGACGGAAUGUAUUUACUAUUUAGGCGUGCAGCCUGUACAUGAAUUUCCUGCUAACUAGAUCGUGCAUUAGAAGUGAAAAAGAAUCAAUUAGGUAAACUUAUCAACAUCAUCAAUGAAAUCAACUUGCUCCAUGGCAUAGGAGGAUAUUUUCACUACAGCAACGCCGACAUGUCUCUGAGUACUUCAACCUCCCCUAUGACUUAUGUGAUCAAUAAAUAGCUGUAAUUUG